GUUUGUAGAACCAGGGAGCUGGUAGAACGUACAAACACAACAAAGUAUCUAUGGCAGUCAGAUCUUCUUGUAGUGGAAUCGUUAACAGACUUAUACACAGACACUUUCAAAAUACGCUAUCACAAAGUGUUUACCCGAAGUUUGCUCUGUCGACAACGUGCUCCAAAUAUCGAAAAAAGAAGGUAGCGGAACCAAAAGACUGUGAAGACAUCGACACAGGACAAAACAAUGACGCCAGUCCUUGGGCUGAACCCGAGGGUUAUAACACGGGUGUAGACGUUUAUAAUUCACUGACGAGAACUAAAGUACCUCUGAUACUCCAAAAAGACAAUAUUGCAAAAUGGUAUAUGUGUGGACCAACAGUGUACGACAGUGCUCACAUUGGACAUGCAAGCUGUUACGUUAGAUUUGAUGUCCUUCGGCGAAUUCUGACUGAAUUCUUUGAUAUUGAUGUUGUCAUGGUGAUGGGUGUAACAAAUAUUGAUGAUAAAAUAAUCAAUCGUGCACGUGAAAAGGAUGUAGAUUUCAAACAGUUAGCAAGAAUUUAUGAAAAUGAAUUUGCCUCGGACAUGCAAGCAUUAAAGGUUCUUCCAGCCACAGUUUAUACCAGAGUUACGGACUAUAUACCUCAAAUCUUAGUAUUUGUUCAGAAUAUAAUAGAUACUGGAUGUGCAUAUUCUACUCCCAGUGGUAGUGUUUACUUUGAUGUGGAAGCAUUUGGUAUAGAGAGGUAUGCAAAACUAAUGCCUCAUGUUCGGCACGACCACGGCAGGCAUAUUGUAGAACCUGAGAAGAGACAUCUCAGAGAUUUUGCUCUCUGGAAAGCUGCUAAGCCAGGAGAGCCAUGGUGGUCGUCUCCAUGGGGACAAGGAAAGGGACGUCCAGGAUGGCACAUAGAAUGCUCUACCAUGUCCAGUGCAAUAUUUGGAAACGCGUUAGAUAUCCAUACUGGCGGUAUAGAUCUGGCAUUCCCACACCAUGACAAUGAGAUAGCACAGUGUGAGGCCUGUCAUCAAACUCAUCAAUGGACCAAUUAUUUCCUGCACUCUGGAAUUCUACAUUUGAAGGAUGAUGCUGAGAAGAUGUCCAAGUCUAUUGGUAAUACAAUAACUGUACAGGAUUAUUUACAAAAACAUACUGCAAAUCAGUUUAGAAUGAUUUGUCUACUUACGAAGUACAGUCACAAUAUUGAAUAUUGUGAGGAUAUUGUGAUGCAAGCUUCAAGCAUACUACAUACUCUUUCAGCAUUUCUCAGUGAUGCUGAUGCUUACGUCAGAGGACAAAUGACUUGUCACUCUUUAGAUGACACAAAACUGAUUGAGCAGUAAGUUUAUAUUGAAUCUAAUAGAUUAUAUAUAUAUACUCAGUGUAAGAUCACACAUAAUAGCGUACACCAUAGCAUACAUCGUAACUUGUAGCAUACAUUGUAGCACACAUCAUAGCACACUGCACACAUCAUAGCACACUGCACACAUCAUAGCACACAUCAUAGCACACAGCACAGCACACAGCACAGCACACAGCACAGCACACAGCACACAGCACACAGCACACAGCACAGCACACAGCACAGCAUAUAUUGUAGCACACAUCAAAGCACACAUCAAAGCACACAUCAAAGCACACAUCAUAGCAUAC